AUGAGAUCAAGUGAAGCAAGGAGAUUGAUCAAGAUGAAUCAUCUUGAUCCAUGCACCAAGAAGAAUGGCGAUGUCAAUGUUCUAAAGACUGUUCAAGUGAAGAUUUUAAAGGAGUUUCCAUCUGCUAUUAUCAAGAAGUUCAUUCACCUAAUCUACACGGAUGUUCUCAUGAGGGGGAGUAGUUGCGCGCUGUACUCUUUUUCCUUAACUAAGGAAGAGAGCCGCGGCAACGUUGACCACGUCAACACGUUCCGCGAUUACAAGACGAAAAUCGAGUCGGAGCUAUCCGGGAUCUGCGACAGGAUCCUCAAGCUGCUUGAAUCUACGCUCAUCCCUUCCGCUACUUCCGAGGACUCCAAGGUCUUCUACCUCAAGGUGAAGGGCGAUUACUUCAGGUACUUGGCCGAGUUUAAGAUCGGCGCCAAGAGAGAAGCCGCCGCCGAUAGCACCCUCUCUGCCUACGAGUCUGCUCAGGAGAAUAAAACAAAGACGAACAUGAAAAGAAAUCCAAUGGUGUAA